AUGGGCCUAGUCAACUGCGUAGAAUUCAUAAGCCUGCUGCUGCGGCCGCUACUAUGUGUUGCCACUACUGCUGCUUCAGAUUUGUCCUACCAAGUGGAAGCUGUUCGCCUCUCCAACUCUACUUUGAAGCAGGAGAACGAGGGGCUACAGGAAAAGAUCAACAUCCUCAAGCAUCAGCUGGGCUAUGCUCCACAGCAGCAGCAGCAGAACCUCCAGCACCAGCAGCAGGAACUCCAGCAGCGGCAGGACCCCCAGCAGCAGCAGCAGCAGGAUCUACAGCAGCAGCGACAGCAGCAGCGUGACCUCCUGCAGCAGUACCAGCAGCAGCAGGAUCUCCGGCAAGAGCAACAACAGCAGCAGGGUCCCCACAAGCAGCAACAGCAGCAGGCGGCAUCCGCCAGCGAUGAAGAAAAGCCCGCAUGUGCUGCUGCCCCAGUAGAGGCCGCGCAUGCAGAGUCUAAUUCCGAAGCCUAUUCUCCUCCACUGGAAGAAAAGAAGCAGCUCUCUACGGCGAAAGCAGCAGGAGAGGAGCCCAGUGGCGGGGAUGCUGCUUAG